AUGAUAAUUAUUAUUGCCACAUUGAUUUUAUAAUCCAUUAUACUAGCAAUUUAUAAUGGAGUUACUGAAUAAACAGAUAAUUACUAUUUGUUAAUGGAUUUACUAUUGAUAUUUGGAUGUUUCGGAUAGAAAAUAUUAUUGGUUUUGCUUAUAGGAAGUGUAUGUCUAUCAUAUGAAUUGUUAAACUUGGAAUAAGAUACCUUAGGCUUCUAUCUAAGUGUGAGACUCUUAUUGAGUGCUUUCAUCUUACUCGACACAUCGAAAGUAAUCUAUUUUGUGUUUUGCCUCUUCUACUUCCUUUUUAGGACUCAUUUUUACUCAUAACCGUUGGCAUAUCUAACCAUAUUCGGAUAUUUGAUCUUGAUCAUUCGAACUCUGUAUAUAAAACACAAAACACCCAACAUUGAAAAACAGCAGAUUGAUCAAAUUUUUGAUUUCUUUUAAGAAUCCCUCCCUAUAUCUGUUUGCGUUAUACAAGACGAGCAAUACAAGUUCAUGACCAAUUAAUUUAAAAUUGAUUAUUAUGGACUUACUCCUUAGAUUAUCAAAAACAUCACAUCCAAAUCCAAUAAGGAGUGUCUGGGGACUUACUUAAACAAAAAGAAGUUUUUAAAAAAGAGAUAAUAUUAAUAUCACAGUAAAAAGCGAUUCGAGCAUUGCACUCUUGAAUCCUUCACUCCAACCUUAUAGGAAAAAGAGUAAAUUAAGAAUUACUUUCCUGCAGACAUCGAUGUCCUCGAAGUAAUUUGGGAACAAUAACCGGCCAUUAUGCUCAUUUUCUAGUCCCAAUCUGAAAAACAAUAGCAAUAAUAAAUUGAAGAAUUAAAAUUGAGAGACCAAUACAAAGACGAUCUCUUAGUAAGUGUGUCACAUGACUUCAAGACUCCCAUCAAUGGAAUUGUUGCUAUUGUCCAAUAUUUGGAAUAAAUAGUUGUUGAUCAAAUCGAAAUUAAUUAUUUAAUCAUAUUAAAAAAGUGGGCUCAAUUGUUGUUGUACAUGAUCAGUGAUAUCUUGGACUUCUCCAGAAUUCAAAAGAACACUCUAAGAUUAACUAAUACAACCUUCUACAUCCAAGCCAUCGUCUAAGAAAUUAUCGAUUUGGUUUCUUUGUAAGCCAAUCAGAAGGGAAUCAUUGUCUAAAAGAACAUCACUUUUGGAGACAGAUUGAUGUAUUCUGAUCCCAAUCGGAUCAAAUAAAUUUUAUUGAAUCUCUUAAGUAAUUCUCUAAAAUUUACACAAAAGGGUAAAAUCGAUAUUGUUGUUGAUUAUAAGAAUAGUGAGAUUGAGAAUUAGUAAGUCAGACUCAUCACAAUAAGUGUUUCAGACACUGGAGUCGGUAUACCUGAUAAUAUUAAGCCUAAGUUAUUUUAAAUGUAUGGAACAUUUGAUUUCACUAAUAAUGGUUCAAACAAGCAUGGCAUAGGUUUGGGACUAGUUAUAUGUAAAAAAUUGGUUGGCUUAUUGGGACCCACAGAUAACAUCGAUUUGAUCAGUCAAGUUGGAAUUGGUUCUAAAUUUAGUUUUGAUGUUUAUAUUAAUAAUGAUUAAAGAAAUCUGACCACCAUUACCAAUUCAAAAGAAAUGACAACCUUUUAUAAAUAAGAUACUAAAUAGAUAUCCUAUGAUCAAAACUCAGAAAAUUAGUUAUUAACAUCACAAUUUACUAUUUUCAAUCAAUCUCUUUUAGCACCUCCUUUGCAAAACUAAAAAAAAUUAAAUAAAAAAAGCAUUUCAACACUUUAAGAAAUUCAAGAUAAAAAACUAUCCAAUUCCAUUUACUAAUUGAGAAAAGUUUAGAGAAAGAAAACUUCAAAAAAGUCAUUGAUAAAACGGGAAAAUCAGGGUGGCUUAUAUAAUUUAUGUAACUUAUGCAGUGUCGAAGACUCUGAUCAUUCUAAGUCAAAGAAUAUAGAAUAGUAUCUUGAAUUAAGUAGUGAAAUAACAAAUGCUAAAUAAAUUUAAAGAACACAUAAAUAAGUAGAUAAUAAUAGUCCUCUGAAUACACCAGGAUAUAAUAUUGAUAGUACGGAGUCACCAGCAAUCUAAAAUAGACAACGAAAGCCCUUACAGAUAAAAGAAUCUAUUGAUGAAAUGAUGAGAAUGCUAUUUCCAGAGCCUUGUACUAUUUUAGUUGUUGAUGAUUCCCCUGUGAAUGUGAUCGCAUUUAGAUUGAUUCUAACAAAAUAUGAUUUUAUCACGGUUGAAGAAGCUUAUAAUGGAGAAUAAGCGAUUCAAAAGAUAAAAUUGCGUAUGAUGAAUGAACAAAGAUAUCAAUAUAUAUUUAUGGAUUUGACCAUGCCUAUCAUGAAUGGAUAUGAAGCAACAGAGCAGAUUCGAUUAUUGGAAAGCAACAAUCUCCUUCCUAAAAGCUAUAUUAUUGCAUUGACUGGAUACGACGAUUUAAAAGAAAAAGAGAAAUGCUAAUAGAAAGGGUUUGAUGCUUUCGUAUCAAAGCCAAUCAAGAUUAUCGAUAUAAUCUCUGUAAUUAAUGAAGUCAAAAAUUCAAAGGAACCAUAAAUUUGA